CACAGCCCCGGCAGAGCCCAAAGCCAAAGGGGGGCUCGCAGAUCUCUUCUGUGCUCAAGGAGGGAAGAAGCAUGUCCCGUCUGUCUCUGACACGCUCCCCGGUUUCUCCUCUGGCUGCUCAAGGAAUUCCUCUCCCAGCUCAACUCACCAAGUCCAACGCUCCCGUGCACAUCGAUGUAGGAGGACACAUGUACACCAGCAGCCUGGCUACCCUCACCAAGUACCCAGACUCCAGAAUAAGUCGUCUGUUUAAUGGCACAGAGCCCAUUGUCUUGGACAGUUUAAAGCAGCAUUAUUUCAUUGAUCGAGAUGGGGAGAUUUUCAGAUAUAUAUUAAGCUUCCUAAGGACAUCUAAGCUACUGCUCCCAGAUGACUUUAAGGACUUUAAUCUUUUAUAUGAAGAAGCAAAGUAUUACCAGCUGCAGCCAAUGAUUAAGGAACUUGAGCGAUGGAAACAAGAGAAAGAACAAAGGAAACAUUUCCAGCCUUGUGACUGCUUGGUUGUAAGAGUGACUCCAGAUCUGGGGGAGAGGAUUGCAUUGAGUGGGGAGAAGGCUUUGAUAGAAGAGAUCUUCCCGGAGACGGGGGAUGUCAUGUGCAACUCGGUGAACGCGGGCUGGAACCAGGACCCCACCCACGUUAUCAGGUUUCCCUUGAAUGGAUACUGCCGGCUCAACUCCGUGCAGGUGCUCGAGAGGUUAUUUCAGAAGGGAUUUAACGUGGCAGCUUCCUGUGGUGGUGGGGUGGAUUCCUCCCAGUUCAGCGAGUACGUGCUGUGCCGCGAGGACAGACGACCACAACCCACCCCAACGAUCAGAAUAAAACAGGAGCCCCUGGACUAGACCCUCCCUGCCCCCUUUGUAACCGUAGAAGUGUUUAAUAGUCCCUUAUGUGAAACACUAAGGAUUUGCAAAACAGUAUUAGCAAACAGAUUUUGACUUUCUGUUGCCCAUUAGUGGUACUCUGAAACUACCUGUCACACAGCCAGCCAUGGAACGCGCGUGGAACACCAUUGCCUGUCCUUCACGGUGGAGCUCCUGAGCACACCCAGCACGGCAGCGCUGGGAUGGACUUGGGGCUGACCAGCAGUGCUGGGGAACAGGCAAAGCUUUGGAAACCCUGGCCCUGGCCUGGACUUCUGCAGCAAGAGCCAUGGAAGCAGUGGAAGGGACCAGCAGGAGCCCAGGGACAGCCAGAGCUGCACUGCGGGGACGGGGGCGUCCGCGGGAGGAAGAACCCCAAAAACUGCACUGAGAACCUUCCCUGACUGCUGCCCCUCCUCCAUAUCAGACAGCCAGCAUCACAGUCUCCUGGUGAUUGUACUCACCCACAUGAGCAAAUGGCUUAUUUUUAUACUACAUUUCCAGCUGAGGUCUCUCUCUGUGAACAGGAUCCAGAAGCAGAAAAGGACUGAUUCGUAGUCACUGGUGCUCAGUACUCAACCCCCCACAAACCAAACAAAACAAGUGACAAGAAAUUAGACAGGCCCACUUAUGGCAAUAUUUGCAACAGUAGGGAUCUGGAAGCACAAAACAAAAUGUCAUCCACCAUCACACGAGGGUCACAUACCCCACGAGGAGCUGUAGCUCUUUAAAGCCAAUCUUGUUUUGACACAGCAGCUGUUAAGUUUUGCAUCAUCAAAGAAGUGUGGUUCUACCAAACAAGCCACCCCUUGUUAAUCAUUUACUAACCAUGUUAGAAGCCCACAUUUAGCAGGAAAGUUUAAGAAUUUUGGGACAAGCCCACUCUUUAUGGGUCUGGAAUUCUUGCAAAGAGUUGUUAAAACCCUGUAUUGCCACUGCCAGAUGAAAGCAGGACGCCGUCGGUUUAAAUUGUUUUAUUAUUUUAAAUUAUUAUUAAAAUUUGAAUUCUGUAGCUGCCCUCUAUCUGUGUAGCUUUCUCUGUAACAAAGUCAGGGGUCUGUCUGCAGGAGGGUCCUGCUUCUGCCAGGACUUGGCACUGACUCACAGGGCUUUCUAACUCAGGAGACAGCACCGUGUUUGCAGGUGCAAGGCUAUAAAUAGCAUUCUGCUAAAUCCUCUUUAUUGCUGUUCAGCAUGAUUGGGUCCUCAAUCACUAAUUCAUGUGUUAAUCACAAUUUAGUUUCUCCCACAAUAAUUUAUAGAACACUGUUGUAGAUGAGGAAUUUUCAAUAAAGUCUUUUUAGAUGCAUAAAUAUGGCCAUAUGGAACAAGGGACAGAGUAUUAAGUGGUCAACAGUUCUUAAUGCAAAUUGAUUGCAAUCAGGCAAAAUUUCAAAGUCACGUUUAAGACUAGGAUUUUCAAAAGCAAUGAGCUGUACUGACUGUCCAAGGUAAAAUCUAGGCAGGGGUCUUAUUUUUGGAAAAGGGCUGGAUACCUGUCCAUGGAAAAUCAGACCUCUGCAGGUUUUCUCACCUUGGUCACCCAACCCAGAAACUCUAAUGGCAAUCCUGGCCGGUUGGCCUGCUACCUUAGCAGAACAGUUGAGCAAAUCUGUCUACUUUAAGAGUUGUAAAGUUAUUUUAUUUUGUGGUUUUAUACUUGUACGACAUUCUAAAGUUGCUAGGCAUUGCCAUAUUUGAAUAUAUGGCACAACAUUCACCUUUGUAUGUAAGAUAUCUGUAGAAUUGUAUAUUAUACAUUUAAUAUUGUAAAGAACUUAACGUAUAAUUGUCAUGUAUUUGUGUAUGCACAUUUCUUAUACAGUACUUCAUGCCAUAAACAUUUCUGUAAAGUAAAUGAACAAAAACAAGCA